AUGGCGCAGGGGGUUACAGGAGUCCUGACCCGGAACCUCGUCCCGGGGGAGUCGGUGUACGGGGAGAAACGGAUCAGUGUGGAGGAGGGCGACACCUCCAUCGAGUACCGGGCGUGGAACCCCUUCCGGUCCAAGCUGGCGGCCGCCAUCUUGGGGGGCAUCGACCGCAUCCACAUCCGGCCCGGGGCCAAGGUGCUCUACCUGGGCGCCGCCUCGGGCACCACCGUCAGCCACGUCUCCGACAUCGUGGGGCAGGAGGGCGUGGUCUACGCGGUGGAGUUCUCGCACCGCUCGGGGCGGGACCUGCUCAACGUGGCCAAGAAAAGGACCAACGUGGUUCCCGUCAUCGAGGACGCCCGGCACCCCCACAAGUACAGGAUGCUCAUUGGUCAGUCCCACGGACCCAAAAUCGCCCGAAAUUACCCCAAAAAUCACCCCAGAAUCGCCCAAAAAUCACCCAAAAAUCACCUGAAAAAAUGACCCCAAAAUGACCCAAAA